GCUUGAGAGACUGAAGUCAAAAAUAACAAAAAAUUAAUUUUAAUCAUUUUUAAUUAAUCUUAAUCAGAAAUGUUGAUCAAAAAUCAAAGAAAAUUGAACUAAAAACAAUGUAAUAUCAAUAGGAAACAGUUACGUAUCGUCUAAAUUCGUUUCUGGGAUCUUCGGUGCAUUUCUUUAAGGCUCAUCAUCUCACUAUGGCUGCAGCUUAUAUCCCAGAGUCUGACGAAUUAUGGAAGGAAUGCGCCAAGUGGUUGACAAGAUGGGAAAUGAUCAGACCAGAUCACAAAGCCCACUGGCCGGAGAGCACCAUAGCAGAUUUUGCCGCCAUCCUUCGUGAUGGAGUGCUUUUAUGCAAACUAUUGAAUAAAAUUGAUCCCGGCUGCAUUGACAUGAAAGAUGUCAGUUUAAAGCCAACUAUGGCACAAUUUUUAUGUCUAAGAAAUAUCAAUUUGUUCCUUAAAACGUGCCAAUCAGGAUUUGGAAUGUCUGAUUUAUUUGAAGACGCUAUGUUGUUUGAUCUAACUAACUUUCAUAAGGUGCUGUGUACAUUGUCCAAACUUUCCAGAACCGAAAAGGCUUUGAGAACUGGAAUACCGGGAUUCUCCACUCCGAAACAGAAAAGCCGCGAAGAAGAGGUCAUAUACCAGAGCUUAACAAAAAUUCAACCGCCCUCGCAUCGAAACUUAGACCUAGGACAAUCAAUCAUUGACAUCGACAGUGCCGUCACGAAUGAAGAAAUUUAUCAGGAUUUGCUUUUAGUUCGCUGUACCAUUGAGCAAACUCAACCGCAAGAGAAAAGAGACUUUGUAAUUAGGGAACUACUGGAUACAGAGAAAAACUACGUAGACGUCCUCAAUAAACUUAAAAUGUGUUUUAUGGUGCCUUUGCAAAAUCAAAUGAGGCCUGAGGAUCAUGCUACUGUUUUUCAUAAAAUAAAGGAAUUAUACGAGAUCCAUUCAGCCUUUCUUGCUGAACUUACUAAAAUCCGAACAAACCCAAACGUAAGGCUGAGCCAAAUAUUCCAGCAGUUUAAAGAAAGGUUCCUUAUUUACGGUAGUUACUGUGCCAAUUUGACCAGAGCUACAACUCUUUUACAGGAGCUCUGCGAUCAGGAUGACGGAUUUAACCAAACCGUUAUCAAACAUGAAAAAGAAGUAAAUAAUGGUAGAUUUAAGCUAAGAGAUGUGCUGUCUGUGCCAAUGCAACGGAUAUUGAAAUAUCAUUUGCUGUUAGAUAAACUAACGACUGAUGAACAUCAUGAAGAGUAUGUAGAACUGAAAAGGGCCCACGAAGCAAUGUUGGACGUUGCUGGCUACAUCAAUGAGGCGCAUAGGGAUGUGGAACAUUUGAAUGUAAUAAAUAAUCUUCAGGAUAAUAUUGUGGAUUGGGAACACGAGCCAGAAAUGAAAUUAUCAAACUAUGGCAAACUGAUAAAAGACGCGGAGCUGAAAAUAAAGGCCCACGACGAUCAAAAGACCAGAAACAGAUACGUGUUUAUUUUCGAUAAGGCCAUUCUAAUUUGUAAAGCUCGAAACAACCAAUUCGCCUUCAGGGACAUUCUUAACAUAAUGGAGUAUCACGUUGAAGAAAUCCACAAUCGCGCCAUCCUAAAUAACCAGGGCCGCUGGAAUUACAAUUUUCUACUAGUCAAAAAUGGCCAACAGAUGGCCUACACUAUAUCAGUUCGCACACUCGAGUUGAAGGAGCAGAUUGUUAGGGCUAUUAACGAGGCACAUGACAAUAUCCGACCAAAAAGUUUAGCACACACAAACCACACUCUAGAACUGACCACGUUCGCUAAUCCAAUCCAGUGCAUGUAUUGCUGCAAGUACCUCAAAGGACUAAUUUUCCAGGGAUAUUUGUGUCAAAAAUGCAACUGCGCUGUUCACAAAGUCUGUGUCCAGUUUAGUGGAAAAUGCGGGGUGUCGCCUUUGAGGUUGCAAGCAAAUAUACCCAAUGGUAUAAGCGAAAGAGACCCGCUAAGGAACAAGCUCUGGUACGUGGGCGAAAUGGACCGGAUGAUAGCUAAAGAAAAACUCAUUAGGAGAGAGAACGGGACGUUUCUAGUUAGACUGAGCACUGGGAAUUCUACACAUUCACAUUCUAUUAGCUUGAAAUGUGGUGGCUCUGUCAAACACAUGAAGAUAGAGUCGAGAAUUGAUGGGCCAGGUGAUGCUAGGAAGUACUACUUGUCAGAGUCCAGAUUUUUCAAUAGUAUAGAAGAAAUGAUUUUGAGAUAUGAAAACUAUAGUUUAAAGGAAAAUUUCGACAGUAUGGCGGACGAUACAAGACUACAAUACCCAUUCCACCAAUUAAGAGCUGUAGCUUUGAGAAAUUACGAUGCUGUUGAUAGGAGUCAAUUGUCGUUCAAAGAAAAUGAAGUCAUUAUUGUGAUAGGAAAGGACGGUUAUAGGGAAGGCUGGUGGAAAGGCCGAACAGAGGACAAUCAAAUUGGAUAUUUCCCAGUGACCAUCAUCAAGCUAGAAGGUGAAGUCCGAUUUGAUUAAAUUAUGAAAAAACAAGAAUCUUCAAGACUAGUCAAGCAGAUCAUGAGAUGAAGCAGCCAUUGUGACAUUUAGAUUUGUAGGGAACACUUUGAUAUGUUUUUAUGUGGAGAUAUAAUCCAGUAUCAAUUAGUGCAUUGUCUUCAAUUUUAAUAAUGGCAAGAUAUUAAGACUACUGACAUCAUUCCAAUCAUGGCAGCUGAGGUUUUAUUUGAAUCAUGAGAUUGUUUUCAUCUACAUACUUGUGUGAAAUGACCAAUUUUUCCACAAGAAUGACAGAUUGCAUCUUUUGCUGCUAGUGUUUCACACACAAUAAGUAAUGAAAUAUACAAACAAUGAAUAAAAGGAGAAUCUCAAAUAAAAAUAUUUACUUUUCCUGUAACUGGGAGAUUAUUUCAGAAGGCUGAACCAGAAAUAAAAUGUUAAAUAGGGCGUGACUGUAUCAGUAUUUUUAUCAAUGUAAUGUUAAUCAAUCCAAUAUUUUCCAAGAGGAAUUAUUUAUGGCCUAUUCAUGUUUUUUUGGUGCUGAUUCAAGAGUUAGGUUACGAGAUUAGGGUAAGAUUUCCAACCGUCUGUUAACUUCCAAAUAAGCAAAUUUUAUGGCCUAAUAGUAAUUACUUGAAGUUAAUUUAUGGUUGGAUAUUAACAAUGCAAAGUAGUUAGUUGUCGGUUAUUAUACAACCGACAAAAAAGUUUAUUUGUGCCAUUUGUUAAGUUACUUUUUUACAAGAUUAUAUUGAUGUGUUGGUAAAGUGAAACGUAAAAUGGGGCGUUUUAGAUAUGAAAAUUUGUUGAAAUUAAAUAUUAAGCAUAUCAUUUUUUGUGAUUAUUUUUAAAAACGCCCUGUAUAUUAUAUUAUCCCAGUGUAAUUUGGGCCAGUUUCUUCAUUGACAGUAAGUUACUGGUCAAAUGUUCUAUGUAAUAAAUGUGAUUAUUAUUUUACUUUGCUUGUGAAAUCAUAGACUUAAGUACUACAAUAUCGGACAACUAUGCUUUUGGGUGUAUUGCCUUUAUGAGCAGUAAAUUAAAUAAUUAUUUAAGUCUAUGGUUAAAUUGUUCACAGUGUAGCUAAAGAUUAUGGUGUCAAAUUUAAUUAUCGAAGUAAGAUUUUUAAUAAUUGUAAGGCUCAUCGAAAAUAGAGAACGAAAUUUAUAAAAAACAAAAAUAGCAAAGCAUACUUUGAUGGUUCAUUUUGAACCUCUAGUGUAAAUAUUCGUCCAAAAAAACGAAUAUAAAUUAUUUUAUACCAGAUAAAGUAGUAGAGCAGUAUUUGAACUUACAUUUUUUUAAAAUCAAUUUGUGAUAAUAUGUAAUGAUUUUUAGAUUUUUAAAGUUGCGUUGAUUGUUUACCAUUCCUGUCUUUGUUUGUUGCAAAAGAUUUUUUUAGAGAGCUCAAAUGUUUGCUCAGUUUUUAAUUGAUUAAAGUCUAUGAAAUAUUCUAUUGACGUACCAUGUACUAUUUAUGUCAUAGGAAUUUUGCAACUGUACUUCUUGCAAUUAUUAAUUGUUCAAGGUUUAUACAAAUUAUAUGUUGCAACAGC